AUGUUCUUUGGCAAGAAGAAUCGAGUUCUAGGCUUUAGCCGUAGUCCAUGGCCAGGCAAUUGCAAAUUCUGCCCCAAUUUAAGCUGCAACGUAUGCUGGCCCCUUGACUAUACUGUUCAUGGUACAGUACAACAGGUCUGAAAUAAUCUUCUAGGGCAUUCCGAAUUGUCCCCAUCGCCACCCAACUCGUAGGACCCAUCAUCACGUUGGUAUGUCCACACUAAGUGGUUAAUGUGCUAGAAUCAUACAGUACCAGAACUCAAGACUGAAGAAAGAUAGAUGGCAAAACUCGCUACGAAGUCUUCUGCGAUGGCUCUUACUAUCACUUCCGCGGUAAUGGCGUGAUCACAUAUGACAAGCUUGAGGAUCCCGACGAUAUCGACGCUAUAUUCACUGCUCUGACUUCUCGCGAGCAUUUCUGUGGACAUCUUGGCAGUGAGAAGCUUCAAGAGAGGGUCUGUAAGCAGGUUUGCAAAGAACUUCGUUAUCCACCGCGUGUGGUUUAUUGGAACAACGGUUUGUUUGAUAUGAGGAUUUUUGCAUGUUUGAAUAGCAGACUGAUGGAAAUAGAUGGCUCUCACUACGACGUUGAAUCUAACGGCUUCUACAUCUUCACCCGUGUUAAUGGCUCUAAAGAAGCUGGCAAGCUUGACGACCGCUUCGACGCUGAUGAUCUAUUCUUUAACUUUACUUUAUGCCCCAGCUAUCCUGGACAACGUGCGAUUCAGAAGAGGGUCAGCAAAACCUAA